AUGAUCAAGAUCAGUCACCACCAUCAAACCCCUUCUCUUCCGAAGCUCAAUCCCAUGCUCAUCUCAACUCUCCAACUCUCCUCCUUUCUCUGCCUCCUCCUCUCCACCACCAUCACCGCCGCCGCCGUAGAUGACAACAGCCCCUGGCUACCUUACACUCCCACCGACUACAUUCUCCUCGACUGUGGUUCAUCUUCUAACACCACCGACGCUAGCCUCCGGAGCUGGGACGGCGAUGUCCGCUCACAAUUCUCGCCGUCGAACAUUGAAAACACGUCGUCGAAUGCUACAUCCUCCAAGUCUGUCAUUCAAGUGCCCUACAAGACUUCUCGUAUCUUCCACUCUCAAUUCACCUACUCAUUCCCAGUCUCUGCCGGACCAAAAUUCAUUCGUCUCUAUUUCUACCCAGUUAAUUACUCUGAGCUCGAUAUUACCAACUCUUUCUUCUCCCUCACUUCCAACGACUACACCCUCUUAAACAACUUCAGUGCCUUCCUCACUGUCUCCGCCAUGAAACCCGCAGUUGCUUCCCUUAUAAAGGAGUUCAUCGUCAAUGUUAGGGACAACCAGAUACUGAAUAUAACCUUUUGCCCUUCUCCGAACUCUUACGCCUUCGUUAAUGGCAUUGAAGUCGUUUCAAUGCCAGAAAAUCUCUACAUUCGCGGCAAUGAUCAUCCAAUCCCACUAGUGAGCGAGAACCAAAGAUUUUAUAUUGAUAACAACUCUGCUCUUGAGACUCUCUAUAGAUUAAAUGUUGGCGGUAAUGAGGUCUCAAUAACCAAUGAUACGGGAAUGUUUCGAUUAUGGAGUCCGGACGACGAUUACACCUACGAAGAUUAUGGGUUUACACCUCACAGGGACGUCGCAAUCCGAUAUAGACAGGAGACACCACCCUACACUGCACCGAAGAUCAUUUACACAACCACAAGGACCAUGGGCAACGACAGUUUAAGAUACAAUCUGACAUGGAGAUUUCCUGUUGAUACUGGGUUUUAUUAUCUUCUCAGACUCCAUUUCUGCGAGAUUCAAUUGGAGGUGACCCUUGAGAACCAAAGGGUUUUUAUAAUAUACAUCAACAAUCAAACGGCAGAGAGAAGAGCAGAUGUUAUCUACUGGAGUGGUGGUACUGGAAUCCCGGUGUUUAAAGACUACGUCAUUAUGGUCACCGACCCAGAUGGUCGUCGGAGCAAGCAAGACUUGUGGCUCGCUAUGUACCCUGACCUCCACUUUAGACCUGAGUACGCUGAUGCUAUAUUGAAUGGUUUAGAAAUCUUCAAAUUGAGUGAAACAGCUGGUGUGAAGAAGCACAAUAAUAAAACAUCUAGUUUUCCGGCCAUUAUCGGCAGCGUAGCCGGAGGAGGGUCUAUUCUAGUCUUGAUCUUUGGUUUCUGGAUUUUUCGGCGACGGAGAAGAGUGAAAGACUUGGGUUCAAAAAAGCCCAAGUCAUGGAUCCCCUUAUCCAGCGGUUUAUCACUGUCGUCCGAUCUAUGCAGACGCUUUUCACUUGAGGAGAUGAAAUCAGCUACAUGCAACUUCGAUGAUAGUUUUGUCAUCGGGGCAGGAGGAUUUGGUAAUGUGUACAAGGGCCACAUCGACAACGGUGCAACCACCGUUGCGAUCAAGCGACUGAACCCAUCAUCCAAUCAGGGGGUCCACGAGUUCCAAACAGAGAUCGAGAUGCUAUCGAAGCUACGACACCUCCAUGUCGUGUCGUUGAUUGGUUACUGCCAUGACAACUGUGAGAUGAUCAUAGUGUAUGAUUAUAUGGUCCACGAGAUCCUCCGUGAUCAUCUUUACAAAUCAAAUAAACCAUGUCUUCCGUGGAAGCAACGCCUUCAGAUUUGUAUUGGUGCAGUAAAGGGAUUGCAUUAUCUCCAUACAAGUGCGAAUCGCACGAUCAUUCACCACGAUGUGAAGUCCACCAAUAUUUUAUUGGACGAGAAAUGGGUGGCUAAGAUUUCUGAUUUUGGAUUAUCCAAACUGGGCCCAUAG